CCUGUGUAUUUUCCAAAGGGAAUACGCAUGAGCGACCAGCGACAGCAUCUCUAUGAUGCUAUCGCCAAUUCUCUACCACAAGAAACACUGGGCUUAAUUUCAAUCUCUCAAAGUCCUCCAAGCAAGCAAUUCAUGUCCUCGAAAUGCUCUCUUUUUCCCCGGAAAGACAGGUAGGCAAUUCAGUCUUCAAGUUGCAGACACAAUUAUACAACCCAAGAAUUCUACCCCCAGAUUUGUGGUCGUACUUUCCUCCUUCACCGUUCUUACUAGAAUGAACAAAAUUGGCAAGCACAAUGCGGGGUAACUCAACGAUCUGGCAGUGCUGGCCACCGAUGAAACCUUCACCUUGACAAACAAUCUAUCAAUUUCCACUUCUCAAUCCUCAUUUUCAAUCUCUGGGAUUCCCUCACACGUUCAAAGCCUAUAAUUGAUGGCAGAUAAGACAGGCGGGACGAUGGAGCAGUCUAGAAAUUCGAAUGAAGAAGCAGGUCCCCAAGAUGCUUUGAUCAAUGAGCCGACAGUGGCUGUAAUAAGUGCAUUGGAGGAAAAUUUGGAGGAUGCCAUACAUCCAUAUGUUCAGGGCGGGCUUAGAGGCAUUAUUGCCUCGCCGUAUGUUGCUGGUGCGGCUAUUUUAAGCACAGUUGGUGGACUUUUAUUUGGUACGUUGCACAGUUUGGACGGGACCUCAUGACGCAUUGAUUGUCACAUUUGGUUUGGGACAUUCACAGCAUUCAUCGUUCUAAUGUUUAUUAGGCUAUGACCAGGGCGUAGUCUCCGUUGUCCUCGUCAUGGAAAGCUUCAUCGCCGAUUUCCCACGCAUAGGUCCUCAUUCUAGCGGGUUUUUGAAGGGUCUCUUAACGGCCAUGAUCGAAUUCGGUGCCUUUUUCGGUGCUCUGAACCAAGGCUGGAUUGCAGAUAAAUACUCUAGAAAGUACUCUAUAAUGAUCGCUGUCGCCAUAUUCCUCGUGGGAAGCAUCCUACAAACCGCGGCUGUUAGCUUCAAUAUGCUCAUUAUAGCCAGGCUUAUUGGAGGCGUAGGCAUUGGAAUGUUGUCGAUGGUUACGCCUAUGUAUAUCUCGGAAAUUGCUCCCCCUGAAAUUCGUGGAACUUUGCUUGUUAUGGGUAAGUGAUUCUAAUCCGAAGUUUCAUUCUUCCAAGUGGCUAGUCUGAGGUUCCAAUUAGUUUCAUACGAUGAAACUGUGCUAACCAGUACUAUAUAGAAGAGCUUUCAAUUGUUGUGGGAAUAGUUAUUGCAUUCUGGAUUACAUUCGGCACAAGAUACCUUGGUGGAGAAUGGAGUUGGCGUCUUCCCUUCUUUAUCCAAAUCGUUCCUGCCUUAUUCCUGGGAGUCGGCGUCUACUUCCUUCCAUUUUCGCCUCGAUGGCUUUCUUCAAGGGGAAGGGAUGAUGAGGCUUUGGAAGCUCUAACGAAAUUGAGACAAUUACCAGAUACCGAUGCAAGAAUCCGGAACGAGGCACGCCAAAUGCGUGAAGAGGUUAUACACAUUCGAGAGAUUCACAUGCAAAGGCACGAGAAAAUAAUAAAUUCGACAAUAAAACUUGAGUUGGCUUUAUGGGGAGAUUGUUUUGCAUCUGAUUCCAUCAAACGUACACACAUUGGUGUAGUUAUCAUGUUCUUCCAGCAAUUUGUUGGUAUCAAUGCCCUGAUCUACUACUCUCCGACUUUGUUCGCUAGGAUGGGCUUGCAGCCAGAAAUGCAACUUGUCAUGUCGGGAAUUUUAAAUAUUUGCCAGUAAGUGUCACCGUCCGAACUGACUUUGAAUGUCUGUGAUAAUCUUGAACAUUUACGGUACUAUUUCCUGACCUAUACUAACCGUUGAACUACAGGCUCUUUGGCGUCGCAUCGAGUCUAUUUACAAUGGAUCGAUAUGGAAGGAGGCCACUACUCAUGCUAGGGUCUUUCUUCAUGACCAUCAGCCAUGUCAUGAUAGCUGCCUUGGUCUGCCUCUUUUCUUAUGAUUGGGAAUCACAUGCCACGGCUGCAUGGGUCAGUGUAGCAUUCCUCCUGAUUUAUAUGGUGGUUUUUGGUGCGUCGUGGGGUCCUGUACCUUGGGCAAUGCCAUCGGAGAUCUUCCGCACAGAUUUAAGGGCAAAAGGGGUUGCUAUAAGCACUUGCUCUAAUUGGCUGUAGGUGAUGUUUCAGCUUCUUUUCAUGGGCAUCUUUCUAAUGUCUGAAACGAAUAGGAACAAUUUCAUUAUCGGUUUGAUUACUCCACCAUUGGUGGUAUACACCAAUUGGGGCGCGUAUGUUUUCUUUGCCGUUUUUUGUGCGCUUUCAGGCGUAUGGACGUGGCUUUAUGUACCAGAAACGAAAGGCUGUAAACUAGAGGAUAUGGAUGACCUUUUUGACAACUAAAUGUCACAAAAUCGAAUGGAACAAUGGAUGAUUUUGGAAUGUAUUCUUAGAAUCUCAACAAUAGAAAUACUAAUUUGCUAGUCCUAGCUGUACCCGAAAUUGUAGCCUAUAAGUAACUUCAGA